AUGUCUAGCAGAGCCAGGAAAAUAUUAGAUAUGGCAAGAGAGGGAAUCUAUGAGGUUGGAGAUAAUGGAAUAUGUAAUCUGAUCAGUUGUGCAGAAAAUAGUAUUGUGGAACCAGGAUUUGCCACCCUCGAAGAUGUAGUUUACCCCCAACCAACACAUGAUCUGUUUGAUUCAGCUAUACAGGAAUUUCACCAAUCGGUACCAGCACUAAUUGACGGCAUAGGGCAGUCUGGCAGCACACAAUGUGACACAUUACAGUCCAACGAAGAAGUUAAUUUGGUUGAAGGGGAAAAUGAGAACGCUGCAUAUGACACGUCGCCAUCAAAUGAAAAUAGAGUUGAUUUGAUGGAAGAAGAAAAAGAGAACGCAGCAUAUGGAAUGGAAGAACAAACAGAAGAGUUGUUCCAGAGAAAAAGGGCUAAGCGGCAUAAUCUUGACCAAUCAAUGUGGUUAAAAAUUAGAAAUCAGGCGAACCGCGAAAAGGGCUUAGCAUAUAAAGGCAAAAUGAAGGUUGGUGGAAAAUGGAAAUAUGACAAUAUAACAACUAAAUCUAGUAAAAUAGGGUGUAGAAAAUUGACUCAGGAAAACCGAGAAUAUAUAUUCAAUAUAUUUUGGAACCACAUGAAUUGGCAAGAGAGAAAAAUUUAUAUCCAGAGUUUGGUGAAAAUUGAAAAUGUAAAAAGAAGAAGGGGAGCCAAUGAAAAUAGUCGAAGAAACUAUUCACUAAAGUACUACCUUAAAGUCGAGAACAAAGAAUUAAGAGUCUGCAAGAAAAUGUUCCUAAAUACUAUGAGCAUGAAGGAAUCUACAGUAUUAAACUGGACGAAAAGUGACAAAUUGGAAGAAAAUGAAAAGAGACUAAAUAAUGACAAAAGAAAACAGAGUAGGAGUAAAAUGUAUGGAGGAAGAUACGAGGCACUAAACCAGUUUUUCGAUUCAUUACCGAAAGUCGAAUCACACUAUUGCCGAGCAUCAAGCAGCAAACUGUAUUUGGGACCGAUGUGGGCUUCAACAAAUCAGUUGUAUGGCUUUUACAAACGUCAUCAUUGCCCUGACAGCGGUGAUGAACCCGUAUCACGAACGAUCUUUUUCAAAGAGUUCAAUAAACGAAAUCUCUCUAUAUAUGUUCACAAAAAGGACCUGUGUGACACCUGUGUUGCAUACGAUGCAAAAAAUUUUCCAGAGGAAGAAUACGAUUUACAUCAGGUAAUGAAAAAAGAAGCUAGAGAAGAAAAAGAGAAAGAUAAGAAGUCAUCUGCUUCAGUCUUUACGAUGGAUUUGUAA